UAGGUAUUCCCGAAAAUGUGGGCUCUCAUGAAAUUUAUAUACCGGAUUAGCAGGUUCAGCAUGUUCUGUUGCAAUUUCUAUGUUAUAAUAUUGGCGAUUAUCGGACUAGUAGCAAUUUUCUUUUAUUUGUCUGACACACUGUGGAGUUUCUUGCAACUUUCACAUUCAAUACUGGCACCGUAUUUCUUGCCCCAAGAACUGCAGUCGUUGGUUAAGAAAUACGGUUCAUGGGCACUUGUAACUGGAUCAACUGAUGGUAUCGGAAAAGCUUAUGCAAAAGAGUUGGCAAAGAGAGGGGUUAACAUUAUUUUGGUCAGCAGGUCACAGGAGAAGCUACACGCUACUGCUAAAGAAAUUGAAACGCAAUGUGGAGUAAAAACGAAAGUGAUAGCAGUUGAUUUUUCUCAAGGACCUAAAGCUGUUGAAACGGUUCGUAGAGAACUGGGAUCUAUUCCUGUAGGAAUAUUAGUAAAUAAUGUUGGCAAGCAAUAUUCGUAUCCCAUGUAUUUGGGGGAAGUACCAGAUCAAGAAUUAUGGGAUAUAAUUAAUAUUAAUGUGGGAGCCGUAACAAUGAUGACCAAAAUGAUAAUUGAAGAAAUGAAGAAUAAAGGAAGAGGGGCAAUAGUUAAUGUUUCGUCGGGGGCAGAACUUCAGCCGUUACCACUUAUGAAUGUUUAUUCAGCUAGUAAAGUUUACGUCAAAAGCUUUACUAUGGCACUUAGACAUGAAUAUUCAAAGUAUGGUAUUACUGUUCAACACUUAUCGCCUCUUUUUCUUAAUACCAAAAUGAACCAAUUUAGCAACAGGCUACAGGAGAGUGGCCUAUUUGUUCCUGACGCUGAAACAUACGCCAAAUCCGCUGUAAAUUUGCUAGGUCGUGUUGAUCACACUACAGGUUAUUGGGCCCAUGGGAUUCAGGUAAUAUAAUACUUAGGAAUUAUAACGAAUUUCCGUAAUUAGAAAAUGAAACUUAAAUUUACAGUUAUCAAAUCAUUUUCUUCCACUUUUUAACCAACGUAAAUGUCAAAAUAAAUGGA